GGACCGCUCUUCUCGGCAUCGCAAACAGCUCUUCUCAGAAUCGUCCGGUUGUUGGUGCGUUCAUUUUCUGGCAAUUACUUCUCGAGCAAUGUGUGGCGGAGGAUUGCUUAUUACGGCCCGUGGCAUGAUCUGGUUUACGGUCACACUGUUCGCUUGCAUGACCUUGCUGGCGGCGAUCGUGCUACCCAAAUGGCUCAUCGGACCGGAACAAAUCCCGAUCGAGAACGUCGACGGCAACUUUACCAUCUACCGGCAGCCGUCGGUCGGCAUCUACAACAGAUGCAAGCGGAUGGGCCACGCGGAGUACAACUGCGGCAAUUUUGAUCUGUACGGGUUGGCCACGGAUCCGAGCAUUUUUCCCGUGCCCUGGAAAUUCACCAUGACGCUGAUGUGCGUGGGAACGAUCCUGCUCAGCAUGACGCUCCUUGGCACGCUCACGACCUUUUUCCGGGUGCGCACGUUCUGUGGCCGCAGUGUGUUCAAGCUUAUGGGCAUCUUUCAGGGUGUGGCCGCCAUGAUGGUGCUGUGCGGAUUUCUCAUCUAUCCCCUCGGGUGGUCCGAACCGCGCGUGAAAACCCUUUGCGGCUUGGAUGCCGAGGCGUACUUUCCGUCCGACUGCCGUCUCGGAGAGGCCCUUUACUUUGGAGCCGCCGGCGUUAUGCUCUCUUUCGCCAGUGCCGUUGCGAGCUCCAAAGCGGAAUCCGCCUACUACAGUGUCAAGGCUCAGCAGCGCAUCGAGGAGGGACAUGUGCUCGUGUGUGUGCCCUAACUCGGCCAGCGGAAGACGGCCAUAUUCAGCAUGAGAAUCUCAACAAGAGUGUGACUUUAUUCAGAUCUUUCACUAUCUCAUUUGUGGCAACUGUACUACUUAGCUGUUAAGCGGAUUUGGAUCUGGUUUUACGUGGCGGACUUGCGAGGUUUUAGGUAGGGUUGAAAUUGGUUCCCCAGUGAAGAAUUCUUUCCAGUGCCAGUAAGCAAUUAUUAAACAUUCGCAUUUAUUCAUGUAGCAUUAAAUGACAACGGGAAGGAGCGGCCAAUUGUUCGCCACUUCCCGCCCUUUCUUUCGAAUAAAAACUACUUUUUCAUUGUCAGUGUAACUAA